GCUGUCGCUCACAAUGUACGUUGGCUUCAGUCUGGGCUUUGCGACCGACAGUUUUUUUUUUUUUUCCCUCCUUUUUCCCACUCCCGAUACAAACUAUCCUCGUUGUUCACUCGACAAAAAAAAAAACAACAACAAAAACCAAACCAAAAAAACAAAAAAGACCGCAAAGACUCGUCUGGGAGGCGGCCAGUAGGCGGCUCAAUCGCGGUCCGGUCCGGUCUACUUCCGUCUGAGAGAUUCGUCGUCGCUGCGAAAAGGAGAAGAAGGAGGAGACGGAACGGAACGGAACGGAACGGAACGGAGCGAGGCUUCGCUCGCGCACCAACACUCCGAGGCGGAGACGAAGCGCCAAGCAGUCGAGGAGACCGAGGCCGCUAGCCUUCGUGCUAACGACGCAGAGGAACCGCCGACUUUGACGCUCAGCCAAUUUGGGUGACGGUACCAGGACCGGAAGUGGAUUUGUCGGGAUGGUCACCUCUCAACUUCCGGUCCGUAUCGACAAACUUUGUCACUUCAGCUCGUUUGGAGGCAGACGGCAGACUUCUGCCUUGGAUCUUCAAGGGCAACACUUAACUGACUAACCGAUAACCCCGCGACAACAAUUUUCAUCAUUGAGUAAUCGCUGUCGAGUUAUCGCUCAACUUACAGUUGGCAAAAUCCUCAGAUUGAUGCUCAAGACGGAAGGAAGCCCGACCCGCGCAAUGGAAGUGAAGACGCCACAGCCAGCCAGGCGCCCUUAACUCAAGCAGCUCUCCGCCCGUCGUCGUCAUGGCGAGCCGCAGGAAGUCCAGCACGCCGCGCAUGCGUCCGCCUCGGGCAGCGCCGCGCUCGGACGGCGAGGCCGCGGACCCGUCCGAGGACGGCGUCUCCCGGCCGCUGUCGGCGGAGGGGGGCUACGAGUGCAAGUACUGCGACUUCAGGACCAAAACGCUCAACCUGAUGACCGCGCACUCGGCCUCCGACCAUCCCGACGUGUCGUACGUCUGCGCCGAGUGCGACUACCGCGCCGGGAGCAACGACAGCCUGGCGGAGCACGACGCCCGCCGUCACCCGGGCCGGGACAAGGGCACGCGGGCGCAGGGGCGACCCGGCGGCCAGACGGUCCGCCGGCAGAUCCCGGAUGACGGCGAGGAGGCGUACCGCACCUGGCGUAAAGACACGGCCGCUUGUCAGAUGGAGGAUGGCGAUGGCGAGGCGCAGUGUAAAGGGAUCGCUCUCAGCAAGACGCCCAUAAUGAGGAGCCGCACGGAGCCCAAGAAGUUCACCGCCUUGCACAAGGCGGCCGCAGAAGACGUCAUCAAGGUGGAGAGCGAGGACGAGAUGGACGAAUACGAAGACCCGCCCGCUCUUUCACCCGCGCCGCCGCCGCCGGUCCCCGCAUCCGCGCCGCUUCAGAUACAGGCCGGGCCAAAUGUGCUGCACAUCAAAGGCGCCCUGCCGGCCGCAGCCCUGCCGGCCGCCGCCCUGGCGCAGGUUCUGUCGGCGAUGCAGAAGCAGAAUCAGAACCAGCUCCUUAUCCCCGUCAGCAGCAUCCCGGCCUACAACCCCGCCAUGGACAACAACGUCCUUCUGCUGGGUGCUUACAACAGGUUUCCCUAUCCAUCCCCGUCGGAGAUUGCGGCGCUGGCGUCGCAGACCAAGUUCAGUGAGGAAAACGUCAAAGUGUGGUUCUCCGCGCAGAGGCUGAAACAUGGCGUCAGCUGGACUCCGGAGGAGGUCGAGGAGGCUCGGAGGAAGAGGUCCAACGGGACCGUCCAGACGCUCCAUCAAAGCCUCCCUCAGGCCAUCACCGUCAUCCCCACCAACGGCCUGCAGUCCAUAUUCCAGACGUGUCAGAUUGUGGGGCAGCCGGGCCUCGUCCUGGCGCAGGUCGGCGGCGGGGCGGCGGUCGCCAAUGUUCCCGUGGCGGCCCCCGUCGCGCUUAGCGUGGCCGGCGUCCCCGGGAACCUGCCCAAAGCCGCGGAAGCCAACGCCGAUUCCCGCGCGGAGAAGGCAUCUUCGGACUCGGCCUCCAAACCCAAAAAGUCCAAAGAGCAGCUGGCCGAGCUGAAAGCCAGCUACGGCCGGCGUCAGUUCGCCACAGAUUCGGAGAUCUCCCGCCUGAUGCAAGUCACGGGCCUGUCCAAGCGCGCCAUCAAGAAAUGGUUCAGCGACACGCGCUACAACCAGAGGAACUCCAGGGACCUGCAUCACGACAGCCAGGCCGGCGGCAGCGACAGCAAAAACGACGGCGACGACAACUCCGCGUCUUCCGCCGCCGCCGCCAUUGUCAUUGAGUCCAGCGACGACGCGGGUGACUUUUCGCCGACCUCGACCGCCGUCGCCCAGGCUUCGCCCCGCGCCUCGAGGGAACGCCGCACCAAAUUCCGCCACGCCUUCCCAGAUUUCACGCCCCAGAAGUUCAAGGAGAAGACGUCGGGGCAGCUGGCCAUCCUGGAGUCGAGUUUCUGCAAAUGCGACACGCCGUCCGACGACGAGCUGACGCGCUUGCGGGCGCAGACCAAGCUGACGCGGCGCGAAGUGAACGCCUGGUUCGGCGACAGGCGCAAGGGGAUGGCGCCCGCCUCCCCCGCCUCCCCGCCCUUCGCGGGUCGCAGGGUGCUGAAGAAAACCCCGGCGCAGCUGGACAUCCUGAAGAAAGCGUUCUUGCGCUCGCGUUGGCCCACGGCCGAAGAGUACGACAAGAUGGCGGAGGACUGCGGUCUUCCUCGUAACUACGUGGUCAACUGGUUUGGGGACACGCGAUACGCCGCCAAGAACAGCAACCUCAAGUGGUUUGGCCCCCACCCCGGCGGCAAGGUGGACCAGCACUCGCUGGACGGACCCACCCGGACGCCCAAGAAGUCCAGGAAGCGUUUCCGGGGUUGGUCCAGGAGGACGCGGCGGGCGUACGCGGCAAGGCAGGACACGCGGGCGCUCGGCGAGGUCUGUAAAGACGCAAAAAGCUUCAAUGCCACGUGCGGCCGAGAGCGGGGAGCCUUUCUUCGGGCCCUACUUCCAGCGGCGAGCCGUGAGCGAGGACCGCCGGGGCGACUCGGCGUCCGAGUCGGACGCGGGCGAGCGCUUCGCCGAGGGGCCCUUUGGCGACCGCCGACGGGAAGAGGAAGAGGAGGCGACUGGCGAAGGAGGCGAGGCGGCAAAAGGCAGCCAAGACCUCCGCGAGGACGCCGACCAAGAAAUGAUCCAGCAAGCGUCUCCCGGUGCGAGUCCGUCGGAGUCUCAAACGUGAGCAAGCGCUCAGUGCCACUUCUUGUUUUUCAAAGUAAGAUGCGGCGGCGGGUUUGGCGUACGUUCCAUUCGUUUUGGGGAGAACGGCGCUUUUAUUGCGGCCGGAACGUUUUUUUUUUUUUUAUUGGCCUUUCUUUUCUUCCUUCGCUGCCCUUUUUCUUUUUUUUUUUUUUUUUUUGGGACAAACAUCCCAAACGUUUCCCUGAGCCGAUCCUCAGAGAUCCAUCCCGCCCGUUUCCAACUUUGUCUCCGAGAAGAGAAAGGAAAGUCCACCAGCUGCCAUGGAAGGUGCGUCGGUGUCUGGACCUUAUAUUUCGACUUUUGUGACGGAGAAAAAUGUUUGUAAUCGUGACGUCACUGGCACCCUGGUACGACAUUGUAGACGUAAAACUGCCCCGCUCCAAUUUUUGUGAUCCAAAUCCCCGUCCCGUGACGUCAUUUGGACGUUUUGUCGGAAGCGCCGUACUGACAACGAGCUCGUAGCGAAUUGCCGAGUUUAAAGCGAACCAGGACUUCGGGGGACGCACUCGGGCUUCAGGAAUCAGAGAAGGUUGACCGCCGGCUGGAUUUGAGGUUUCGCGCUGGGCGGACACGCCCACACGGUCCUCCAUCUUGGAGAGUGGGCUCUGUCUUGUGGAGCCUGAGUUAAAUUUGUAUUUUUUUUUUUUAUUCAAUCCAAUUUGGUGAAUUCCCCGCGGUGGGUCAAUGUUUAAAAUUUGGAUCCCUUUCGCGGGUCUUGAAGGAACGACGUGGUUUUCCUUCCCCGUCGUAGGUGCGGGCGCAAUUCCUAAAGAUGAGAAUAUGUCGGCUAUGUGACAGUGACCGGAUAGUAUUACAGUCCUGGACUCGAGCGUUUCAGAGUAGAACAAAGCAAGCACUUGAGAGCAGUCCGACAGCAGUUUUUUCCACUUGCUUUUUUCUGUGUGAAGCCUUUUUAACCACACGUUUAUUUAUUCCUCUUUGUCUUUGUUUUGUUUAUUUAAAUUGUUGUUGGUUUUCGCACGCUUGGCCACACCCCUCAGUCGACACGGUGCUUCGUAUCGGGCGCCGCGCGGGGUCCCCGACACGCCCGCGUGAUUUCCGAGGAAUGUCGGGAUACACGUGCAGAAAAGCGAUGAUUUGGCUUCGUCCCAUCUUGCUCAACAUUGUGAGAAACUAACACUAACCCUAACCUGCGUUCCAAAUUAAAGGUCCUUUUUUUCAGGAGUGGGGGUCAAACUGGUGACCCCCAGCCAAUAAUAUUCCAGCUCUUUUCGUUUCCUGACUCCUGCGGUCACACGGUCCGGCUCGCCGCCACACGCCUGCGCCGGGAAAGCUCGUCAUUGUGAUGAGAAAAUGUUUGGCCACAGAUGGAAACUGAUCAAUUCCACAUACAAUAACGGUUAGCUUACUUUAGUUGUGUGUGAUUGGCUGGUGACGGGCUCCGGGCGUCGCCCUCCUCUCGCCCGAAGCCAGCACAGGGACGGGCGUCCGGGCCGGUGCGGAACAGGUGUCGAGGCAGCAACAGCUGUGAACACGCGGCUGUCGUACAAAGCGUCGACGCCGUAUACCCGUUGCGUCUGUCACAUUCGCUUUUGAUGUAUAGCGUCGGCGUUAACCUGCGUUAACUCCGCCGGCGUCUGCCGCUCUUCAAAGCGCCGCUCCAGUCUUGUCACUUCCCACUAAGCGUUUGUGUCUUCCUUACAUUCCCCGAGCGUCGAGCCAACUCCCGGAGGAGCCCGCGGCGCACGCGCCGUUGCCCUCCGGGAUCGCAGGGACCCGUUCUGCGGGGCUCGCGUCGUCCUCCGGCCCUCCUAGCCGAGAACGCCGCCUGGGACGCGGCGGACCUCCGACACGUUCCUGACGCCGCGCCGCCUUUCCGUAAAGUAGAAACGCGAGCCGCUGUGAUCAAAGCGAGAUCAGAAACUCGUGAUUGGAAACGGGACAGACACCGCGGCGACGAUGAGCGCGCGCGAGCGAGCGAGCUAGCGGCUGCUGCUGCCGCUUGAAAAGCAGACAAAUCAAGUUUGCCAAGCGUGCUGGUGACAAACCCAACCCGUCAGUCAGUGAUUAAAAACUCGCAUUUCAAGGCCAU